AUGGUAAUGAGUACUAAGAAACUGAUCACACUGGCAAGAAAGUGGCAAAAGAAAGCAGCAGCUAGAAGAAGAAGAGUUACAUGGUCUAAGGCUAUAAGAAUAGCUGACAAAGGUCAUUUUGUGUUGUACACGAAUGAUGGAAACCGGUUUAUGGUUCCGUUGUUAUAUCUAAAGAGCGCGGUAUUCAGAGAACUGUUUCGAAUGGCAGAAGAAGAGUUUGGGGUGCCUAGUGAUGGACCUAUCACGCUGCCGUGUGAUUCAGGUUUCAUGGAAUAUGCAAUGUUUAUAAUCAGCAACCAUGGAAUUGUUGAUCUAAAUGAGGCGCUUCUUAGUUCUCUUCUUAACUAG